UUAUAUUCAGUUAUUAAGUUUAUUUAUCUUUGAGUUUUGAACAAAAAUAUGCAACAAAUGGCGAGUUUGCUUCUCAUUCUUAUUGCCAUCUCAGCAAUAUCACCAUCGCUACAAACAACUGCAUGCUCAGGAACUAAGAAAACUGAAUGUUUCCACGGUGAAGAGAUAGACAAAGACUGUGUGUGUGAUGAAGGCUGGACUGGGCCUGAAUGCCAACAUUGUCAAGGAAGAUUCUUGUUGGACACCAAGAAGGGAUGUGUAUCAGAUGGUGACUUCGUUUUUGUGAGAUUUGUGAAUUGUUUGUGGCUGAUCAAGCUUGACCCUAUGCUUAUGGAGCCCAACCAAACACUGUAUCUUACAUUUGCUGAUGUGGCUGUAUCCUGUUACGGACUAUCGAUGGAAAUAUAUGAUGGGGACAGUCUGGCUUCACCACUGCUAGCAGCUUAUAAGGGAACAGUGUCACCAUCUAAGACAGUCUUUUCACCAAACUUAAUUGCUUCCUCUGGAAUGGCGUUGAUAAAGUUCGAUAGCCCACAAGUAAUGAGUAACAAGGGAUAUGUGAUCACCUAUGAAUAUGCAGAUUAUGAUGAUGACUAUGAGCUAAUCGGUGAAAAAAGUCCGAAUUUAAAUACGCAUAUUGGUGACUGGAGGUCAUAUGAAUGGACUGCGUUGACCUCUCAAGGUCGUGGGUCAAUGAGUUUCGCUUUGAAUGACAGAUAUAUUUAUAUUUACGGUGGAUUUAUGUUCGGAGGGGAAAAAUUACAAGACCAAAUGCUGAGGUUUGACCAAAUCAAGUAUUCAGUCUCUGCAAUCCGUCCUAGCUUCGUUCCUGCUGCAAGAUUUGGGCACACUAUGAUAAGUUGGAAGGACUCUCUGAUCGUUUAUGGCGGUAUCAUCCGUGAAAGCUAUUCAAUAACCAACCAAGUGUGGUCUUUCAAUAUAACAACUCAAACUUGGGAUCAAAUCCAUCCUUGUUUAGAAAACUGCACUCGAGGGUCAGAUCCUCCCACAUUAGUGGGCCACACUGCACACAUGGUUGAGCUAAAAGACAUGCGCAAUGUUAUGCUUGUAAUCUUUGGUUACCAUCCUACAUGGGAAUUCAGUAAUUUUGUGUUUGAGUAUGAUAUAGUCAACAAUGCUUGGACCAAGCUCAAAACUUCAGGAGCGAUUCCACACGGCUCAUACGGACAUGCAUCAGUUUUGGAUGAAACGGACAAUUUGAUUUAUGUUCAUGGCGGAAUCAAUGCUGCAGAAAAAGGAUCUAUGCUUGUGUAUGACGCAGAGAAUAAGCAUUGGUCAUCUCUUAAGUCAACAACUCCACAGCGAUUUCUUCAUUCAAUAGUUUUGAUUAACGGCACUCUGUUCGUCUACGGAGGUCGGGCUGUUUAUUUACUCCAGUAUUGUGAGGAUGUUCCAUUUGAAGCUUAUGACCUAGCCACCGAUAAUUGGAAAGAAAUCCCAACACAGCUGUCUACAACAGGAAACAGAUUUGGACAUCUUGGUGUGAAACUAGACAAAACAAUGUUUGUUUUUGGGGGAAACAGUGGAAGAAUGUUUUCAGAUGUAUUAACUUAUUCAGCAUCUUCCAUUCCAAGCAGAGGGACUUGCGACAUCACAACUUUGCAGUCAGAUUGUGACGAUUCUCCAUAUUGUGUUUGGAACAACGGAACUUGUGAAGAGUUCAGCUGUGGGAUCAGUGAGUCAGAAUGUGAAAGCAUCUGCAGUUCAAAGGAUACAUGUAUGGAUUGUCUCUCUACUGCCUUCCAGUGUUGUAAAUGUAUCUACUGCCAUCAAAACUGUCCGAAGAAAUGCUCCUCCACGUUCGAAAGUCGGGAUUCAAGAAUUCAAAGCUAUGACUUGAUUUCAGACGUGACCUCAUGCCAUGAAGAAGAAACUCAAGAUAAGUACUGUGAUUCAUUUACUACAUGUAACCAAUGUAAUGAAGCUGAUGGCUGUGGUUGGAAUGGAUUCAAUUGCAAAGCAGGAAAUACAACAUUCGAAUGUCCAGCCACCUGUCCAGAUAGUUUAUCAUGUUUCAAUUGCACGAGUUAUUCUGGAUGUGUUUGGUGCGAAACUACGGGCACCUGUCUUUCCACAGAUGUUGUUGAUGUUUACUAUUCUUACAGCUCAUGCACUGAUUACAGGAACAAAAAAGAACAAUGCACAGAUCCAUGCUCUGCUUUUAAUAAUUGUGACGAUUGCCAUGAAAACAAAGCAUGCGGUUGGUGCGCUACGGAUAAAGACACCGGAGUUGGGACAUGCAUGAGUGGUUCUCUCUAUGCUCCACUGAACAAUGUCACUUGCAAUGGAAAUUGGUUUUACUUGGACUGCCCAGAUUGUCAAUGCAAUGGCCACAGUACUUGUGAGAAUGAAACAGUUUGUGCAAACUGUACAGAUAAUACAGAUGGUGAAACAUGUGAAGAUUGUGAUGCUUUGUUUUAUGGAAACCCAACUAAUGGGAAAAACUGUACAGCUUGUGAAUGCAAUGGGCACGCAGAUGACUGUGACAAAAACGAUGGAACCUGUUUCUGCAGAACCUAUGGAAUCACAGGAGAUCAAUGCCAAAGAUGCCGAUAUGUAGACCAUGUCACCGGUGAUCCAUUCAAUGGAACCUGUUAUUACAGCAUCGAGCCCCAGUACAAAUAUCAGUUCAAGUUCGAAUCGACUUAUUGGACUCAGAUGAAUUUUGAUACCUGCCCUCGCACUAGAUCAGACCUCCUGAUGUCAGUUGUGAGUGAGUACAUUGGCAACACUGAUGAGAAGAGGAGAUUCAAUAUGGUUGUCACUUAUAACUACUCAACAUCCCAAGAUGGAAAUGAUACUGAAGUUUUCUUGGCAGAAUACACAAACCGAACAACAGUGCAAAUAUUUUUCAGUCAAUCCCAGUUUGCAUUUGGAAAGAAUCCUUUGAAAUGUAUCAGAGUUUAUCUGGAAUUUACAACUCCUUUCCAUUUCUAUAUAUCCUUGGUGCAAACUUACACCAAUAUUGGACUUUUACUCGCUGUAUUUUUUACAUGUUUCAUCAUACUUCUUGUACUUGCAAUUGUUGUUUGGAAAGUCAACUCAAUAUGGCUGAGAUGCCAAAUGAGAAGAAUUAGAGAGGUAGAACUCCGGGAAAUGGCAGCCAGACCAUUUGCUUGUAUUGACUUUGAGUACCAGCAUACGGCUUCAAAGGAAAUUCAAGCCUUCAGUGAAGAAAUAGGGGAAGAUGAAAGAUGCGCCGUUGGAACAACACUGUUAUCAAUGCCAUUUGGGUUUUCUUCAGAAUGUGUGCAACCAUAUAUUGCUUUUGGGUCAGCAUUAUUCAGAAGCAAAACCAGCGGUAAAUCGAAAAGUGUGCGACGCCGGACAGCGCGGCAACGACGAAGAUCCAGCGCCAAUUCUAAUUCUACUGUCGGAAUCGAUAACCCUGUGCUUGACCUUCAUACUGACAUUGAACAAACGACCAUGAAUGCUUGAAAGGUCAAAGAUCAAUUUAUAUUUUUUUUCUGUAUAAUAAAUCUGGCAUGACCUCCUCAUAAAUAUGUUACAGGGUGUUCACAAAGUCUUGUUUUGAAUGGAAUAAAAGGAUUUGCAUGUGCUUUAUGCAACUAAUUCUGGACAUAAAAAGGUUGAUUAAAUAAAGUGAAAAUCAAGGCAGUCCAUCAAUACCAUAUAUAGUCUGUGGGCCCCUACAAUUGUAUUAAAUGAAGCAAAAACCUAAAUAAACACUGAUUGAAAACAACAAAUCUGGUUGAGAUAUAUUGAGAACUGACUUCACAACAAC